CAGACCUCCCCCUCCAUCCCUGCUCCAGACAGCACCCUUUCCACCCAAAUAGGAUACACCAGCGUAUCCUAUUAUUAUAUUAUUAUUAUUACAGGUAUCUAAUUUAGGAUACCCCCCACUCCGGAGGACUCGUGUGGCCCCUCCCAGCCCUGGAGCCGCGGAGGCGGCACAAGCGCAGGGUCAGCAUCGCACCGGGGAUGCAGGUGGGCGCAUCCCGGGAGCGGCGGGCAUCCUGCCGGGCAUCACUCCCGGCAUCACUCCGGGCAUCCCGCCGGACCACCCCCAGCACCAUCCGCCCCCUGCCCGCGGCUCCCGGGGCAGGGAGCGCUCGGGGCGGCGCCGGAGAAUUCCCUGCCGCUUCCCGCCCCUCCCCGCCCUCCCCUCCUCUUUUUAUUUUUGGCGGGGGGCAGCGCCGUCUGAGGAAGGGAAACGCUUCGCUCUCCGCGCUCCGGGACCGGCGCCUGCCGCGGUGCGGAUGCGUAUGGACGAAUCCUCGUGAAAACAGCUUCGACGUUUCCCCCCCCCCAAAAAAAAAAAACCCAAACCCAAACAAACCACCCACUUGGAUAAUUAAAACGCCUUGCAAAGAAAAAUAGCUUCAGACUAAAAGUCCUAUAUCUGUUACUUCUGAAGGCUCAUUCCCUUGCUUUCUUGUGAAGAACUGUAGAAACACCUUUCUGAGAAAACUUCAAACCAGACACCAAACAGAGACAGAAAAACUGCUCUUUCAAGCUCAGAAAGUUAAGGAAAAAGCUGUUGCAAAUCAAGACUUUCAAUUGAAGUUUCUCCAGUCAACAACACAUCAGGCUAUCUUCUUCUUCUUGAAAGAUUAUGUCAUCUAACAAAUGAUCAGUUUAAACUUGAAACUCACAUGCAGUAUAGAAUGGCUGAAGUCUGAAAAUACUGCAGGAAUCAUGGAGAUGGGUUUUUGGCAGUAUCCAGUGUUGCUAAGACUGAUUGAAUUCCUACUACCAGUCCUAUUCCCAGAGGCAGCUUUUCCAAGGUGAUCCCUGACAUAGGAGAUGGUAACUGCCACGGGUAAAGAUCGUCUUUAAAAGGGAACAUGGAUUUAAUAAACUCAACUGAACAAAACAGUACAUCAGAAGAACCUUUCAAAUGGGCAACAUCCAAGAUUCUCAUUUCCAUUACCCUGUCUGUGCUUGCUCUAAUGACAACGGCCAUCAAUUCUCUCGUGAUGACUGCAAUAAUUGUGACAAGAAAGCUCCACCACCCCGCCAACUAUCUAAUCUGCUCUCUUGCAGUGACUGACUUCCUUGUGGCAGUCCUGGUGAUGCCCUUCAGCAUUGUCUACAUCGUAAAGGAGACCUGGAUCAUGGGGCAGGUGGUGUGUGACAUUUGGCUGAGCGUGGACAUCACGUGCUGCACUUGUUCCAUCCUGCACCUCUCUGCCAUUGCUCUGGACCGGUACAGAGCGAUCACGGAUGCCGUGGAAUAUGCCCGGAAAAGGACACCUAAGCACGCUGGCAUCAUGAUAGCAGUUGUAUGGAUCAUAUCCAUUUUUAUCUCCAUGCCACCUUUGUUUUGGAGGCACCAAACAACCAGCAGGGAGGACGAAUGCAUCAUCAAACACGACCACAUUGUUUCCACCAUUUACUCCACGUUUGGCGCCUUCUACAUCCCGCUGGCUUUGAUCCUGAUCCUUUACUACAAGAUCUACAAAGCAGCAAAGACAUUUCACAGGAGAAGUGUCAGCCGCAUCGUGAGGGAGGAGGGGGUGAAUGGACAAGUCCUUUUGGAUGCAGGUGAAAGAAGCACCAAAUCAGCUUCAAUGCCCAGCACAACAGAGAAGACCUCAGAUCCCCUGGUGAGCUCUGAUAAAAUCAACAUCACCCUACGAAGUCCCAGGUCUGAAUCCAAGCACGAGAAGUCCUGGAAAAAACAGAGAAUCUCCAGCACGAGAGAGCGAAAGGCAGCAACGACGCUGGGUUUGAUCUUGGGGGCAUUUGUGAUCUGCUGGCUCCCGUUUUUUGUAAAAGAAGUAGUUGUUAACACCUGUGAAACAUGUCAUAUCUCAGAGGACAUGUCUAAUUUCCUAGCAUGGCUGGGAUAUAUAAACUCUCUUAUUAACCCUUUAAUCUACACAAUCUUUAAUGAAGAUUUCAAGAAAGCCUUCCAGAAGCUUGUACGAUGCGGGCAAUACCUUUAAGAGCUUUUGUUCACAUAAGGAGAACACAGUCAUUGUUUUUUAACCUGUAUAAAUUUAUAUAACUGAGAUGGCAUUUGUUGUAUUUAAGGCGAAGCACCAGGACUCUGCAUUUACAUUAUAACGACUUUUUUUGUAUAGGUAAUAUUGGGAGCACUAAUUGCCCAAGUUUUAAAGAGAUGGAUCAUCUGGGACUGGUUUUGCUCUAGAAAAAGAGGUAGCUCUAAUCCAGUUGGGAUUUGCACAGCUGCCUAGCUUGAAGCAUAAGGUAUUACCUUAAAUAUGAAGGAAAUAUGCACUUGAAAUAGACAAAGAAACAAAACUUUUUUAAAAGCAACCCUCAGUCAUCAAUGAAAUGUUAAGUAAAAUGACACACAUUUUAAAUCGUACUGAUAUAAGAUAUAAAACACGCCAUAGAAUGAUUUUAACAGUCUGGCACAGGCCUGCAGCAUAGAGCCAAGCCAUUCACAGCCAAGGGUAGUAGCUUUAAUAUAUCUACCAUCAUCCCAAG